AUGGGGAAUCAUCCGACCGUUUGCCGACUCAUGCGGGGCGUUUUCAACCUCCAACCACCGUCGAAACCAAAGCCACCGGUUUGGGACGUCGAACUACUGUUGAGCUUUAUGGACACCUGGGGUCCUUCCGACUCUCUGACCUUGCCACAGACAACAUGCCGUACACUUCUCCUUCUGCUCCUCACGUCGGCCGCACGUAUCGGUGAAAUCGCCGACCUCCAGUAUCCACCUUCCUCCCGCCAACCCCACCGAUGGGAAUUUACCUACGGCCGUGGCCUAACCAAAACCAGCAGACAAGGUCAACACGCACCCACAUUUGUCGUAAAGCCUUACCCACCCAACCACCUCCGCUGCCCAAUCACAGCCCUCACAGCUUACGACAUUCUUACAUUACCCCACCGUCCCGUACCCAGCUCAUUAUUCUUAACCUCCCGCAAACCAUACCGAUCCGCCUCCAAAGACACGUUGGCACGUUGGGUCAAAACGACGAUCCACGCCGCCGGAAUAGACGCCACACUAUACACCGCGCACUCGACAAGAGCCGCCUCCACCACCGCCGCACACACCCGCGGCCUACAGCUUCCGGAUAUCCUAAAAACAGCGCAAUGGACUCGAGCCACAACCUUCUAUAACCACUAUUACCGACCCCCUCCCCAACGCCAAUGUCCUCAGCCGUGCUUGAUCCACAACGUCAAAAUCGCUCUCUGCCCUCGGUGA